AUUUUUGUCAAAAUUGUUAGCUAAUUGUUAACGUGUGUUUCACGUGUUACGUGUCAUCUGCCUUUUCCUCUUCUUUAAUAUGGUAUAGUAUUCAUAAAGUUGUACUGUAGUUGUUCGAGAGUUAAAAAAGUGUAAGAUACAUGGCGGACUCAAAUCAGGGGAAUGGACAAGACCUGCAGGCUCAAAUUGACGAGGUGGAAGCUCUGUCUUCCAUAUACGGUGAUGAGUGGUGUGUCAUAGAUGAAGCUUCAAGAAUAUUUUGCAUCAAAAUUUCAGAUGACAUUGAGCAGCCCAAACUGACUGCAUGCCUUCAGAUAAUUCUCCCUGCGGACUACCCCAGUGCUGCCCCUCCCAUCUACCAAAUCAAUGCGGCCUGGUUGCGAGGACCUGAGAGGGCCAAAUUGGCAAACAGCCUGGAAGACCUCUAUGUGCAGCAUGCUGGGGAUAGCAUCCUGUACCUGUGGGUGGAAAACGUCAGAGAAUUCCUUGUUGAGAAAUCCCAGCGUGGAGAAACAGAGGACCACCAAGCAGAAAACAUCAACAUAACAACUGAAGAGGAAGAAAUGGAUGACGGUGAAGACAUACCAGACUUCAGCGCUCUCAAACUGACAGAAAACGCACACCUUUUUAUGGACCAUUUGAACGACGAUGAGAUACCGCCAAUAAAACACGGUAAUGCCACCACGGACCGACGGAGCACUUUCCAACCUCAUUUAGCCCCUGUGGUGACACCGAGACAGGUUAAAAUGGUCCUUGAAAAGCUCUAUGAGAACAAGAAGAUCAGCAGCGCCACUCACAAUAUUUAUGCGUACAGAAUAUACUGCGAGGGCAAGAACAGCUUCCUGCAAGACUGUGAAGAUGAUGGAGAGACAGCAGCAGGAGGCAGAUUGCUCCAUUUAUUACAGAUUCUGGAUGUGCGCAACGUCAUGGUGGUUGUUUCCCGCUGGUAUGGAGGAAUUUUGUUGGGGCCUGACCGCUUCAAACACAUCAACAACUGUGCCAGAAGCAUCCUGCAAGAGGAGGGAUACAUAGGUGCAACAGGGGAUGAGGCAGCCAAAUCAGGAGGGAAGAGCAAAAGGCCAAAAAACAAGAAGAUCAAGUGAAGUUAAUAAGACAGAGGCUUUUAAUCAGAGACUUCAAACACAGGCGCUGCUGGCAUCUGUGAAAUGUCAGUUUUACACAAGGACUAUUUUGAGACACUCAACAAACUUACAGGACAGUGUCUGUCUAUAGUCUCCCUUACGUGUUUACAAAGCUAUUUAUUUUCAUUUAAACUUCUAAGUAGUACAAAUCUUCAAGGUUGAAACAAUGUACCCUACUUGCCUCCAUGGAGAUGUUAUUGCUUUGCUUCAGUUGUUCCACGGUAUGCCAUUAAACUUAUCAAUUAAAAUACAUUUUCAACCAGAUAAAGUAAAAAAUAUGCUGACUGAAGACUUCGAGAUAAAGAUUUGUGUUUCACAGAGAUUAAUUUAAUUUCAGUUAUUUGCCAUUAAUUGUUGUAUUCCUUACGUCAGUUUCCAUACAGACAGGCAGUACCCCCAUCAGAAAAGUUGCAUCUUUAAAAACAAGAUAAAUAGUUUGGAAAUGCCAUAAAACUUCAGUCACACUUUUAAAGAUACUGCAGUACCCUCUCUUCAGGGAAUAAGCAGGUGACGUCUUUGAAUACAUUUUAAAAACACCUGGAAAGGGCAAUAACUGUGAUAUGAAUGUAAAACUUAGCAGUGAUGUUUAUAAUAGCACAUGUGUACGUAUGUGUUUAUGAUUUUUACCUAUUUUAUACACCUCUCUCCAGUUAUCCAUGUGAAUGUAUAUUUGACCUUUUGGGUGAAGUGAGAUCUCCAUGGUUGUCACAUUACAAAGUUUUUGGAUUAUUUAUUAUUAUUUUUUUUUUAUCUCUAUUGUGAGAAAAUUAUAGUUUCAUAGGAUUUAAAAACAAAAGCAUUGUGUUGAUUUUCUAUUUCACACAUUGUUCCAACUUUUUCAGAAAUGGGUUUAUCGCCCAUUUACAAUCAACAGUCUCCUUUUGGACAGCACCUCGCCAUUAAAGUAUUUACCGUGUUGGUGGAGUUAUUCUCCCAGCUUCAAUUCAUUCCAUCUUCCAGCCCUAAAAUCUGCAUGUGAAUGAACUGCACUCGAUACACUCAAAUGUAUUCUGCCUCUUUUUACAAAUAUGAUCAGGCAAAAUGAAGUUCACAGAGUUUCAGAGACACUAACACCCUCACGCCCACUCACACAUGUCUGCUAUCCCCAGAACGUGCCUCUUCUAAAACACUGUUAAAUAUUCUUAC